GUUUCUCCUCCACCGGAAACCCCGCUGAAUCGCAAACUUCGCUUUUAUGUUCCCGGAGGCAGUCGAUUUUCAACAGGACUUCAUCGGUGUGUUGAGUUGGGUCGUCAUGGCCGCCUGAACCAGACUAAAUUCACCCAGUGCGUGGUUAUCAUUCUGUAAUUUACAUACAAUCGAAAGUUUUUUUGCGGAUUAACGUCAAUAUUUGUUAGGGGGGGGGAAAUCCAUGUAAAAAUUCUAACAUGCAGCCUCCGCCAAGAAAGGUCAAGGUUACCCAGGAGCUAAAGCACACUCAUGCUGAGCAGAUGAGCAGACUACACAUCAAACACCAGACAGAGUGUGACCUACUAGAGGACCUGAAGACAUUCAGUCAGAAGAAAGCCGCUGUAGAGAGGGACUAUGCCCAGGCUCUACACAAGCUGGCCAAUCAGUACCUGAAGAGGGAAUGGCCAGACAGCCUAUCAGAGGAGCCAACAGACCACGGGAACAUGUACACGUUGUGGAAGGCAUACCUGGAGGGCAUAGUGCAAGUGAGCCAAACCAGGAUCACGGCCUGUGAGAACUACAGGAACCAAGUGUCAGACCCUGCCAAGACUGCCAGGCUGCAGAAGGAGCAGCAGCUCAGGAAGUGUAUUGACCAGCUGAUGCUGGUGCAGGCGGAGCUGCAGGACUCGGUGAAGGAGCUGGCUAAGACCAGGAAGAAGUACCAGGAAACAGAGACCAUGGCCCAGGCCGUCAGGGACAAGGCCGAGCAGGACGCCAAGUCCAAACUGAGUCUCUUCCAAUCCAGGUCCAGUCUGCAGAGGGCAAGUGUAAAGCUGAAAGCCAAGAGGAGUGAGUGUAACUCCAAAGCCACCCAUGCCAGGAACGACUAUCUCCUCACGCUAGCUGCGGCUAACGCUCACCAGCAGCGCUACUACGACACUGACCUGAUCGACUGCAUUAAGGUCCUGGAUGGGAGCAUCUAUGAGCAGGUGAAGGACUACCUGGUCUCUCUGUGCCAGAUGGAGCUUGAGUCCUACCAGGCUGUUCACAACACUUUCAACAUCCUCCUGGAGAGCUCCAACGGGAUGAUGCAGGACUUCCACCAGCAGCAGUUUGUACAGCAGAACCAAGUGUUCCACAGUACCCCAGCCAUCCUCUUCCAGCCCAUCAACACUGACACGGUGGGGCAGUUGCAGAAGGAGAGUGGCACAGUGGAGGAGCACAGUCUGGAUAAGGAGGCACGGAAGUGGGCGACCCGAGUGGCGCGAGAACACAAGAGCAUCAUCCACAGUCAGAGGACCCUGGAGGACUAUGGGACCCAACAGGGGCUGUCGGAGCAGAACCGCAGCGAGCUAGAGCUCAAGAUGGAGGAGGCCAGGGAGAACCUGCGGAGAGCAGAGACCGUGAAGCUGAAGGCGGAUGCUCGUCUGGCUCUACUGAGAGAGGCAGGCAUCACAGUGGAGACGUGGCUGAAGAGCGCCAUGAACCAGGUGAUGGAGGAGCUGGAGAACGAGCGGUGGGCCAACCUAAAUGCCCAUGAUCUUUCACUCUCCGGUACAGGUGACCUAGAGAGGGAGGAGGAUGAAGAUAGUGGAGAGGUGUUGGACGACAGCAGCUCCAGCCCCUCCAGUACCCUCAGGAACUACCCCCUCACCUGCAAAGUGCUCUACUCAUACAAGGCGUCUCAGCCAGACGAGCUGACCAUCGAGGAACAGGAGGUGCUGGAGGUUAUCGAUGAUGGGGACAUGGAGGACUGGGUCAAGGCCAGGAACCAGACGGGCCAGGUGGGCUACGUCCCGGAGAAGUACCUGCAGCUGCCCUCGUCCAACAGCCUAAUGAGCAUGCUCCAGUCUCUGGCUGCCCUGGACGCUCGCUCCCACUCCUCCAGUAACUCUACCGAGCCCGAGCUAGACGAGUCAGAGCUGCACACGCCGGGCACACCUAUCGUCAACGGAGACUCCAGCGGUGUGUGCUUCGCCAAGGCCCUGUACGACUACGCGGGCCAGACAGGUGAGGAGCUCUCGUUUCCUGAGGGCGCCAUCAUCCGUGUGCUGAGCCGCGAGACCUACGAGGAUGACGGUUUCUGGGAGGGCGAGUUCAAUGGCACUGUGGGUGUCUUCCCUGCUGUGCUUGUGGAGGACCUUCUGGCAGUGGGUGGUGCCGGUGGAGACAGCGAGAAUGGCGACGUCUCAGGAGAAGCCAGCAGCAAUCCGCAGGCGUCCCCCGUUCCUCUUUCCGAGUACUCUCCACAGAGUCCCUUCCUUCUGGGCCCGUUCCACAGCAGCCCUUGUCAGAGCAGCCCCCUCCUGACCCCCACUCUGCCCUCGCCCCAGUCCAGCCCCUCCAGUGCCAGCGCCUCCCCCACACCCCGCCCCCCCUCCAUCAACAGCCACCAUAGGCCACCGCCCGCACCACUCAAAGGCCACUUGCAAAGUCCUGCCCAGAACUCCACCCAGCCCCCCAGGUACCCAACAGAUGGUGGUGCGGGGGGCACCAUUCGACCUGUCCGCGCUGCUCCGCCGCCCCCCAAGCCACAGCAGCCUCGUGGCCAGGUGAAGAAGAGGGAGGAAGUGGAGAUCACGCUGGUGUAACGACGCCGCCGUGGCUGCCACCCACAACCAGAUCAGACCUGGUGGAUCCAGGUCCCUGACCGACUGACCCCCCCCCCCCCCCC